AUGGAGGGAAUGGGAGCGGGAGAGAUGGAGAGAAUGGGAGGAGGAGAGAUGGAGAGGAUGGGAGGAGGGGAGAUGGAGAGAAUGGGGGGGGAGAUGGAGAGAAUGGAGAGAAUGGGAGGAGGGGAGAUGGAGAGAAUGGGAGGAGGAGAGAUGGAGAGAAUGGGAGAGGAGAGAAUGGGAGGGGGAGAGAUGGAGAGAAUGGGAGGGGGAGAGAUGGAGAGAAUGGGAGGAAGAGAGAUGGAGAGGAUGGGA